AUGCUACUUUCCGAGACCUGGCUACGUCCGUCUACCCCGAAACGCCUCCUCGUCAUUCCUGGCUACUCGCUCAGUCGCGUGGACCGUCCAGAUGGCAGCGGUUAUGGCGGUGUCGCCAUCAUCACUAAAAACAGCUUAAGAUCAACGACACUGAAGAUCCCGGGCAGCGGGUGCUCCGAGAGCAAGCUGGAGUCGCAGUGGGCGCUGCUCAAGCUGGACCAGGGCCGGCAGCUAAUCAUCUGCUCCCUGUAUCGGCCACCCCGACACUCUGAGGCAGCCCUGCUCGCCGAUUUCACGGACCUCGAGGCCCAGCUGCAGCGGAUCCUCAUCGAUUACCCCAGUGUUCCGCUCGUUAUCUGCGGCGACCUCAACUAUGGCAUCAUUAGAAUGCUCGUGACGGCACUCGUAGUAUCGCGUAUCCGGUACUGCCUCUGGCUGCACAACUGGCGACCUCUACCCGCUGGUGACGGCGGCGCGGUGGAGCUCCAGCCCGGCCGGCUCCGGCUCCAGACCAAAGGGGAGCUGGGAGAGCACGGCCAACUCGACGGCGAGUACCGGUGUAUGGCGUGGAUGGCCCCGAUUGGGUUGGCCUCUCUGCCGGCGGUGGUCACUGUGGCGCACCUGAGACAGUUCGUGGCGCGUCCAAACGCCACGGUCACAGCGCUGACCGGCGGCGCUGUCCUUCUGAGGUGCCCGCCGCCAGAGAGCGCCCCGCCGGCAGAGAUUCGGUUCUACAGGGACGGAGAGGCGCUGCCCAGCGAUGGAGACAGUCACCAGUUACUCUCUGGAGGUCGCCUGUUCAUCUCAAACGUGAGCAGUACGCACGCAGGGACGUACUCCUGUGUGGCUACAAAUUCACGUGUUAGACAGAAGACGUCAGCGCCAUUCGUCACCCGACUUGUCGUCAGCAGCGGCGAGCAAUGGCCGAAGAAACCACCGCGUAUUGUGGUGUCUCCGGAGCCGGUGUACUGGGCGGCAGAGGGCGACACCGUCAGGCUGGAGUGCGCGGCAGACGGCUGGCCGGUCCCGACGGUCACCUGGCGCCGGUCCACGCUCGGCGCGCGGUGGUCCGACCGCUACUCCCAGGGAGUCGCCGCUCUGACGAUACAACAUCUGAAUGUCGAGGACGAGGGCACCUUCAUUUGCGAGGCGGUCAGCGAGGCAGGCGCCGUCACCGCCGCCGCAGAGGUCAGGGUCGCUGCACCUGUGUCUGUGUGGACGUCUCCCGCGGACCUGUCGGUGCCCGAGGGCGCCGCAGUCGAGUUGCUCUGCUCCGGUCGCGGCUGGCCGCCUCCAGAGCUGACCUGGGUCUUCAACGGCAGACCCGUGCCCUCUACCGAGCCAGACCCAGAGACGGAGACCGCUCGGGAGCCGGAGUCAGCACAGCAGCGGGAAACUGGGGCAGUAUCGGGGCGGGAGCUGGAGACUGGUACAGAGCUGAAGUCUGGGGACGAGCAGGGAGUGCUGGCGGUGGCAGAGGGACACACCGCCGGGGCCCAGAGCGGGCGGAAUCACGUGCGGAGACGUGCUCUGAAGUUCCGCGCGGUCCGACGACAGGACGCCGGCCUGUAUCAGUGCUUCGGACACGGCGCCACUGGUGACGACAAGGCGGCAGUGCUGCUUAAGGUAGAAGUCCUCCUGGUACCGCCCGGCGCCCCGGCCGUCUACCGUCUGCCGCCCGCAGUCCUCCUGGUGCCGCCCGGCGCCCCGGCCGUGUACCCCAUCUCCGAGUCGGCAGUCAUGCUGCAGUGGCAGGUGCCUCCCAACGACGGGCUGGCCGUGCUCUUCUUCAAGAUCCAGUACCGGCGCAUGCCGCGCCGUAGGCACGGCUGGCACACAGUCGACUCGGACGUGCCGGGAACGGCCAGGUCGUUCGAGGUCAGCGGACUCAAUCUGGGCGGUAGGUACAAGUUUCGCGUGCUGGCCGUGUACGAGAACAAGGACAACAAGCACGGGCCGAACUCUGGCACUGUGCGGAUGGUUCGGCUGCUCGAGACGGCCCGUCCGCCGGGCUCGCCGACCAUCUCCCAGCUGUGGCCUCUCAAUAGCACGGCCAUCCGCUGCUCGUGGUCCUACCACGACGUGCGAGCGGCACCCGUGCAGGGCUACUUCAUACACUACCGGGACGCGGCGACCGCCGGCGGCUACUCAAAGGUGACUGUGCUCGGCGAGACGACCAAGACUCACGUCCUGACAGCUCUGCAGCCGGCCACCGUCUACGAGGUCAAGGUGCAGGCCUUCAACAGGGCCGGCGGCGUGUCCACCUUCUCGCCCAUAGUCACCCAGUCCACGAGAGCUCUUCCAGAAGCCUCCACGGACCGCUCUACCGUUUCCGGGGAGCACCCAUCGUCGGGUGGUGGGCCGGACGGUGUCCCCACCAGUCUGGAGACGGUUGUCGGGGGAGUAAGCGGUGGGCUGCUGAUACUGGUCGUAAUUGUGGUCGUCGCCUGCCGGUGUCGCUCAGUCGCCGCGACGAAACGGAGAGCGGCGAUGAAGGCCAGCGGCGACAGCCUACGGGAGGGCAACGUGAUCCAGUCGCUGAGGGUUUCAGCAACGGGGUCUGAAAGCGGCCAGAUGCUGGAGACCAAUCCAUCACUGAAGGAGAUAUCCGCCGAGACGAAACUCACUGAGGAGUCUCCAGACGCAGAAACAUCGAACAGAGGACACAGCAGGACCUUACCAGCUGCGCCGCUCAACAAUAACAAAUGCCGUCCCGGGAGACGGCGGCACAGUCCUCCGUCCGACUUACAAUUAGGCAUUGAAAUGCAAUCUCUGACAGAAAGACCAACAAUAUGUUGAUCCGAGUCCAGGGAAAACGCCGAGCUGUGAGCUGAUUCUUGACUCUUUCCCCGUGCGAACUCGCGGGAACCAAUGCCUGAACAGAUGGUAUGUAACUGCAUACAACUGCAUACAAUACCGUGAUUUCAUCGGAGGUUCAUACAGCUGAUUCGUUUGUUUUUAUCGUGACGAUUCAACGAUAGUAUCGUCGACUGUAUUCAUAUGAAUUGCACUUUGCAGGGUCUUUUCCGUCCAUGUUUCUGUUUCUGACCUGCGGCUGCCACCCUGUGCUAUGUAAGAUAGGUUACUGCAGACUUGUAAUGCUUACUACAAAGGGUACAUAGUGUGGCUAUACUUAUAGUCAUAACACAGUAUUCAGCAUUCACGAUCCUGCAAUACGUUAAGCUGGAACGUGCGCUGUUGCACGCUUCCCAGCAUAAGUUUUAAUGUUUUUACAUUGCCUGUGCUCUAACACUAUUCGUGAACAAUUAUAACGCAUGUGUGCGAUGAUUACAAUAUUGCAAUAAGAACUUAUUAAAUAAUUAACUAAGUACAUGCAUCGGUGUAAGAAGCGGGCAAGAAACGUGCCGAAAGCAUUAAAUUUGUAUUUACAUCGUCAACCAUCGGCUGUUUCAAUCGUUGAUUGGUAGUAAUCUGGAUAAAGAAAGGCUAUUUCUUGAUCGAAAACAUUGCGGCGCACUAUGCGAUGCGAUGACAUAUAACAUGCGGUCACAUAGAGAGCCCAGACCUGAAUGUGACCGAUGUAUGUGUCCCCAGUCAGUCAAACAUUUACUUGUUGAGUGCCCAACGUAUGCCACCCAUCGACAAUUGAUUGUACGGAAGUGCCUCCAAUUGAAUGUUCCACUUACCCUUAAAACUCUUCUGGGUGAUCAUCACCCGGACGUCAUCGACGAGGUUUUCAGGUUUCUACGAGCUAUCAACCUCUUCAAAAAGCUGUGACUGCAAUGAUAUGCGCUGAACUAGUUGUGAUUUUGGUGUUUUAAGUUAUUUAAAUGUGUAAUUAUUGGUUUAUGUUGAGUUUGGCCGCCGAUUGGCGAACCCCAGUCGCGACUGAUGUGGAGGGCAGUGCCGCCGAUUUGGCACAUUGACGUGAUCUCCUUCUGUUGUAAUUUGCGUUGAUUGUUCACUUUAUCGUCGUCUCUCUGGUGUUUUGUGUUUCUGUGCUGUGGCUGGUCUUAUGGACGUCCUCAUGUGUGUAAACAGUCGUGCAUUGUUUGGGGAUGAGUGAAUGGAUAUUGAAUGUUGAAUGAGAAGGAUGCGUGAGUGGAGAUACAUCGGUGUGAGAGAUGGAUGCAGUCAGUGGAUGAAUGAAGGUUUGCUACUGUAGUUUUUUUUCUCGAUUUCUCUUGGAAGUAUACCUUCUUCUUUUGUUCAA